AAAUACUCGUACUAGUAGCUAAAUUUACAGCUAAGUAAAUUUUAUAAUAAAAUAAAAACAACAACAGUGGUGACAAGUGGAAAAUCAAACAGCGUAAUCAUGCGUCUGCUAAGAAUUUUACCACUGGUUCUGCUGGUCUCACGCUCGCCAGCACGCGCUACAGCCACCAGCACUCUUGUGAAGCGUUCAUACAUUACAACUAGCGGUAAUUUUGCAGCAGCAACAGGUAGUUGCAGUAGCAGCAAUAAAAUGCCAGAGAAACGCAUAGCGCCAGUGAUAUCUUCUUUGGAGGAUUUCGAACGCAAAUUACCAGGUUACUUGAAUAAGAAGACACCACUCGCCUUGCUCUUGGACUACGAUGGCACAUUGGCCGCCAUUGCCGAUAAUCCAAAGAACACCUAUAUGAAUGUGGAUGUGGAAAAGCUGUUGAAUCGGUUAGCUGUACAUCCUCAAAUCUUUUUGUGCAUUAUCUCUGGACGCGGACUGCGUGAUGUACAAUCACGUAUCGGUAUCAAAGGGAUCACCUAUGCCGGCAAUCACGGCUUGGAAAUCGAAAGUGGCGAUGGUACACGUCACGACUAUCCGUUAGCCGCUGAACUAAAGAAACAUUACGCGCCGAUGGUGAAAGAACUGAUCGAUAAUGUGCAAAAGAAUGGCGCUUGGGUUGAGGAUAAAACAGUAUCAUUGACCUAUCACUAUCGUGAUGUACCUGCCAAAAUAUCUGAGGAACAAAAGCAAUUGGCUAUACGGAUAAUCGAAUCGCAUGGUUACCGUACAAGUCAAGCGCACGAUGCGAUUGAGGCGAAGCCGCCAGUGAAUUGGCAUAAAGGUGAAGCUUCACUACUCAUAUUGAAGGACCGUUUCGGCGAUGAUUGGGCCGAAAAAAUUAAAGUGAUAUUCGCCGGCGAUGACAACACCGAUGAGGAUGCCAUGCGGUUUCUGCAAGGUUCCAGCAAAACAUUCCGCGUCGCUGCUGAUCCCGAAAUUCAGACCUACGCCGAUUUUCGUUUACCGCAACAGGACCUUGUGGAGGACUUGCUGAAAUGGAUUAGAAAAACUUACUCCGAUUAGUUUCUAGUCUUUUCUUGCGAAAGCAGCGUGAGAUCCUUUUCACUUACAGUAGUUUAUUAGAAAAUAUAUAAAUAUUAAGACUGUAAGCUUAUUAAAAUUUUCUUAGUGAAUACAUAUCGUUAGUAUACUCGUAUAUGUAGUUGCUAUCUAGGUUAUUUAGAUUUAAACAAAUUGUUAUUCUUGUUAUACAGUAACAAUAUAUAACAUUGGUAACAUAUUUAAUAAAAAAAAUGUUGAAAAUGUUUAAAACAUUUUUAAUAAAUUGAAAUUUGUAACUAAAUAA